AUGGAUGAUUGGUUCACGUCGAUGGAUGAGAAAUGUAAUCACGUGAACAUAUCACGUGACAGUGACAGUUUAAAGAAGGGAGAACAAGACACCAAGGUUUUGAAAAUUUCUUGAAAUAACGGAUUGAUUCGGUUGAGUUUAUAAUGGUCCUUUGCUUGCAUACAACCUCGUAUCUAACUAAUUUAGAAGUAAAAAGUACUCUGGGUAUUUGUAAUAUGUAAAUGCUUAGAUUUUCUCUGACAAAUGUUUUUCAUAAUUGUUUUGUUUUUCGGAAAUACCGCAUAACUUUAUUUGAGGUUACGGAUACAGUCGGAUAGAUUCAUGUAUUGAUGAUUCUCAUUUCUUUAUGCAGACAAUACUGACGGAGUUCCACAAUGAAGGUAAACCGAGCUUCAACAAGAUCAUAGUCCUGGGACGGAGAUUGAUCGAUACUAAUUCCCAUACCCCUGAAGACGAGCAGGAGAUUACCAUCACUAUUACGAAGUUCACCAAACGGAUGAUUGAAAUGGAGCGAACUGUUGAGCUACAUCGAAUAAGGUUCGUAAUUUACCCAUGACAUCAUCACCUUAGUAAAUAUACAUGAACUUGUGGUUAGAGCUUGACAACUGGACUCUGUAGCUCAGUUGGUUAGAGCGCUGCACCGAAUUGGAUAAUCCAAGUGAGCAUAUAUGUAUACACAAUUUCAAGACCUAACUAGGUACGGUUGCAAAAAAUGCAAAAACCAAAAAUGCAACAAAGAUAAAACCUCAUUAGAUUCAGGUCAUUGAGAGGAAGAUUUUGAUAUAUGUUACACGUCUGUAGAUUGUAUGAUUGUGCUGAUCAUUUUAUUUAGGACGAUGGAGACAAUCGUGGAUUACUGUAAAGAAAGGUUGGAUCAUUGUGAAUCAUCUGUAGAACGAGACGACAUUAACAUGAAUCAACUCGCACCAUCUGGUUCAACUCCUGAAGCCGUUCAUAAACAAAUUGUCCUCUUGAAG